AUGUCAGGUAAAGAAUUUUGUGGGAGCAUACUGCUGGACCGAUAUGAAUCUGAUAAAUAUGAUAACGUAGAUACUAUAGAUAUCGAUGGCUCGGUAGAGCCGCAAUUAUUACUAGAUGAUGAAAAAAUCAGCAGAACUAGAACAAACUUGUCGGAAAUAUCCCGAAUUGUCAGUGGCAUAAGGGAUGACCACAGACAGGAUGCUGAAGAUUAUGAUUCUUACAAGAAACGUGGAGAGCGUGGCAUAGUAUCAGAACUGGAUAUAGAGUUAAGAAGUAACUGUGGUGAGGAUUCUGACGUAGCUGAAGAUAUUGAAAAAAAUUCCGAUAAUUCUAAUGGUGGAGGAGAAUCUGAAGAAAAAGAUGUGGUCACUGUUCGAUCUUGGCUUAUGGCAAUCUGCGGUAUGCUAGCAGCAUUUUCUACAUGGGGAGCUAAUGCCUCAUACGGUGUUUUUUUGAACUUCUACCUUUCCAAUAACGUCUUUGAAGGUGCGAACCAGUAUGACUAUGCAUUAAUAGGAGGAAUUGUUGUUUUUUUUGCACAGUCAUUGGCGCCAUUGAAUACCGUAUGCUUCGAAGUGUUUGGUCCUAGAGCUGUAGGAUACUUUGCGAUAGUGCUUCAGGUUGCAGGAUAUAUGUUAGCAUCCUUUGCAACUAAAUUAUGGCAAAUCUAUUUGACUCAAGGAGUAUUGGUUGGUCUUUCAUUCGGUUUUAUUUUCAUACCGGCCACUUUAUCAUUGCCAUCUUGGUUUGGGGAAAAGAAGGCGACAGCAAUGGGUAUUAUGGUUUCUGGAGCAGGUUUUGGAGGUAUGGUAUUCUCUUUGUCUCUUAAUAAAAUAAUCGAAAUAACCGGAGAUCAAAGAUGGGCCCUAAGGGCGUGUGGAUUUAUAACUUUGGCUACAGCAUUAACUUCUGUUACAUUUUUAGUACCUAGAAAUUAUACAAGGGAACCAUUAUCGAAGACCUUUACAUCUCGUUUUAUAAAAGAAAAAUUUAGUAUUAUUUUUGAUCCUAAAAUAUUUAAGGAUAGUUAUCCCUUAUGUAUUUUAGGUGCAUGGUUUCUGUUGGGAUUGUUGGGAUAUGUGUUAAUGUUAUUUUCAUAUUCUCCUUAUGCCACUCUGUGUGGAUUGACAGCUAAUCAAGGGUCUCAUUUGGUAGCAAUUUUUAAUGCAAGUCAAACAAUUGGGAGACCCGUCCUUGGGUCGAUUGCCGAUGCUGUUGGGAGGAACAAUCUAUCACUUGGAAUAUGCCUUUCCAUAUCAAUUUUAUUAUGGGCAUUUUGGAUCAAUGCAUCAACAUUCGGUUCUUUAGCUGCUCUUGCAGUAAUCUUAGGAUUCAUAAUUGGUAUUUCUAGCUUGAUGUGUCAACCUAUGGCGCUGGAUAUCGUUGAUUCUCCUAAAAAAUUACCGGCAGCUUGGUCCGGGCUUAAUAUUACGGGCGGUUUGUUCUGUUUGGUAGCAGAAGUGAUUGCUUUAGGCAUACGAGGGAAGCACACUAGUAAGCCAUUCUUAAACACCCAAAUAUUCUCCGGGUGUUGUUUUUUUGCAUGUAGUCUUUUGUUAUUAGUCAAUAGAGAGUGGCUAAUACGAAAGACUUUCCAAAGAAGAUUUCUAACUGCAAAAUCGAGAUUGAAAGAACUUGAACAACAGCAUACUUAUCUAAAGACAGAUGGUGUUUCUAUUCAUGAAUUAGACGAUGAAGUAGCUACAUUGCAGGAGCGAGUUGGGCGAUAUCAAGUGCUCUUGAAUAACUCAGCACUAAACGUUCUUGUUAGGGCGUUCUAUCCAAUUAGAGUUUGA